AUGGCUCAACCGGCAAAUCCUGUGAACUCCAGUCUUCCUCGCGAAGGAGUAUCGACCUUGAUUAAUCGCAGUUGCAAUGCCUGCAAUCGUAGGAAGGUCAGAUGCAACAAGAAAUCUCCGUGCGAUAACUGCGUGAGGCUCGGAUAUGAAUGUAAUUUUCCACCACCUGGGCGGAAGGCCCGGACUAGGCCAACAAAAUCAUCUAAGGCUGAGUUGAUCUCGCGAUUAAGCCUGUUGGAGCGGGAAGUCCAGAAGCUCGGCGCGCAAAAAGUUGGGGCUGAUAUCCCUGUGGACAGCCUGGAAGAUCAGGACAUCGAAAAGAGCCAGGAGAGCAGCCGCACUGCACCGUCAUGGCCGCCAAAGACCCCUGCGCGUGUAGAAGCGGAGGUUGAUGAGGAUGGAACCGGGAUUCAUGGGGGUCAGAUUGUACCAGAGCUGAACCCUAGCACAUCGGAAAGCACGCUGGGACACCAAUUUGGACGGUUGGUCAUCGACAAAAGCAAUGGGACAAGCCGGUACGUGGACCAUCGGGUCCUAACGGAUCUAGGAGAUCAGAUCAAGGAACUCCGUGAUGCUGUCGAGUGCCCGCCAUCGCCGACAUCAUCAUCCGAGGAAGAAGAUACUUUAUCUCCAGGUUCUACCGCUACAUACUCGGAAACACAUAGUCCUUUUAUAUUCGGUUACCGUUCUUCGAUUUCUUCACUACAUGAAUACCAUCCGUCGGCCGCCAUCAGCCAUCUACUUUUGAAUGUGUUUGAAGAGAACAUAGCACCUAUUAUCAUGAUUAUUCACAAGCCAGCGUUGAGGAGCCUUAUCCAAACAUUGUGGACAAAUCACGAGGAGCUUGAUAAAAGCUCCGAGGCAUUGGUCUUUUCUGUGUACUUCGCUGCAGUCUCGAGCAUGACGCCAGAACAAUGCCUCAUCCAGUUAGGGGAAGACCACGCUGUCGUGGUGAAGCGAUACCGCUUCGCUGUCGAGCAGGCACUAGCGCGCGCAGGCUUCUUCCACACCCACAAACUGCUUGUGUUGCAAGCAGCGGUCCUCUUCUUGACCUGUGCCUGUAAUCCAAAAGAUACUCAAUUUGUGUGGACCAUGAUAGCUGUGGUUACCCGGCUUGGGCUUGGCUUAGGGCUACAUCGUGACGGCACCCACUUUGGUCUCAGUCCCUACGAAACCGAAAUGCGGCGCCGAGUCUGGUGGUACAUUUAUCUAUUGGAUGUUCAAACAUGCGAGUUCCAAGCAACGAGUCCCCAGAUUCGGGAAGGGGACUAUGAUACGCGAUUGCCGUUGAAUAUAAACGAUGACGACCUGUCUCCGCAUUCGGUGGAUACUCCUCAAGAACGGACCGGCUUUACGGAAAUGACACUAACCCUGGUCCGCUGUGAGAUUCUAAUCUCCCGUCGCAAGUCUAUGCAAAUGACAUGCCUAGGGCCUGAUGGCCCGAACGUCUUGUUCAAGAACCGCAACCUUGCAAUAGAUGAGUCCAAACGGCUCCUUGACGAAAGAUAUCUCCAAUUUUGUGACCUCAGCAUCCCUAUCCAUUGGGUUGCAGCAACAAUUGCACGAGUUGCGCUUGCACGGCUAUGGCUGGUCUCCCAUUUCUCACUCCUAACCGCGCAAGGCUUUGAAGCAAACAAUUGGCCCGACCGAUGCGAAGUUCUUAUCUUAACGGCCAUCGAGGUCCUUGAAUUUGUCUAUCUGCUUGAGACCAAUGUGAACACCGCCAAAUGGUCCUGGCUGUUCCAGGGAUAUGUUCAAUGGCAAGUCUUUGCGUUUGUUCUAUCGGAACUCUGCGUGCGCCCGGGCUCCUCGUUGUCUGAUCGUGCGUGGGCGGCUGUAGACCGGGUUUGGCAGCGGUGGAAUACGACAAGGACUCACAAGGAUAGGUUGAUCAUGCGAUCCCUCGAACGUCUGAUGAAACGGGCUUCUGCGAGCCGGACUCAGCUAAUUGGAUCGGAACUGGCUCCUCCCAUUGAGUCCAACCUGACCGAAAUGGAAAUCGCAGACCAAACAAUGAUGGGCCAAUUAGAGGACCUACCUGGGGAUCUGAUGGCUAUGGAUGCUGCAUCUUUGGAUCUUUUUAGGGACGUGGUGACAAAUUUGGGUCUAUAA